AUGGACGCCGCCGCCACCGCCACCGCCACCGCCGCCGGUGAAUCUAGCACACCAGCAAUCCCCAUCCUCAGACGACGGAACUCCACCGGGUCACCAACUGUAGAUAUAAAACCCUACCACUCUUCUUCCACCUCUUCCAUCGCCACCACCUCCACCACCUCCUCCUCCUCAUCUUCUUCUUCUUCUUCAGUGGAUUUUGAGCUGGUCGCGAUCAAACCCACUUGUUAUACUUCCCUCCGGGAUAUACUUCCAUCGCCGACAUCCUUCGUCCAGUCCCCUAAAGCUGCAUGCUCCGCCGUCCAUUCGGGUUAUGAAAUCUCGAUAAAGAAUCACCUUGUGAAACAGGCAGCAUGGGCUUACCUUCAACCCAUGUCCACCUUUCCUGAAGCCGACGGAACCACCGUUCUCCACCGCUUCUGGAUUCAGUUCUCCACUGCUGUCCUCAGUCUCAUAACCGCAGCCUUCGAUUGCCUCCUCCAAGCCGGAACCACCGCCUCCAAAUUAUAA